GCCGAUGGAAGCGAGCGCCGGCAAGCUGGCCGGGCGGUCCCACAUCUCCCGAGUCUGGCAGAUUCUUUAUGAUGCUUCUGCUUUUUGUACCCAUCUCGGCGACUUCACUAUGCCCUAUCAUUCCGGUGGCCUGACCGUCUUGCUCGACGCCGGGAGCAUCGAACAGAAGCCUGCGGUCUAUGUCUCCGAGUUCAGAAAGGCUCAUCGAGUUGCCAUAUCCCGAAGAGAAGCGACCGAAACCUACAAUCGAGCGCUUAUUGAGAUCACAAUCCGCGGCGAGAGAGGACCACUCGAGCGUGAAGAUACUUGGACUGACGACGACUAUGCCUGCUGUCGCGAAUACGCGACUUUCGUCUUUUGGCUCUAUACAGAUCAACCCAAAUACCUCGUCGGUCCCCAGAUUGUUAAGCCGUAUUGCUGGCCAGAUGUAGAUGCAGAUGCGUCUCCGACUUGCAAGCACUCACCGCCCGGACCACAUUCGUGCAUUAUUCGUACGAACCACUUUGUUGCAAGCACAGACUGAUCCGCUGUCUCCAUGCAAUAUUCUACGUCACUUGCGCGGCGCGCAUUGACCUUAUGCGCUAGCUGCCAGCUGGAAUGGACACGCGAGAUCGGACAGCUGUGUGUUCGCGGUCUUGCUGCCGAUGAUUCCAACAAUAGACAUUGACAGAUGCACGACGAGAUUGAGGC